CGAGGCGAGGAGGAGAGGAUGCGAGGAGGCAUGGAGAAGGACACUGACUUCCACCGGAGCAACUCUGGACUAUAAGAGCUCAUGCAGAGGAGCAGAGGAGCAGAAGGAGCCGUGUGCGUGUGGUCCGCUGAGAUGUGCCUGUAGGAGCGUUUCACACACGGGGGUUGAUGCUGAUGAAACUGAUCUGCUCGGCAGUGAGCUCCAACCAGAGCCAUGGGGAGUACCCGGAGUGCAGGAGCGAGCGUGAGCCUGUGGGGGAGCCCUCUCUGCUGGUGUCUCCUCUGGUGGUGGCGGGAAUCGUCAUAGGCUUGGUGCUCUUCCUCUCCUGCAUCACCAUCAUCGUGGGCAGCCUGCGCAAGGACAGCCGCCUGCGCAACCCCCACCUCAGGGCCAGCUACGGUCAGGAUGGCUUCUCGUACGGCGGCUCGGUGGGGGAGCUGAGGUCCACCUGUCUGGAGGAGUUUCCCCCUGGGUUAGACUUCCACUCGUACGCAGAGGGUCUGGACCAGAUCAGCAGCCUGUACCCGGACUCUCCCCCACGUUAUGAAGAGUGCGUCGGCCCUGGUGCGACCGAGAUCUACAUCCCCACAGAUGACCCUCCUCCUUACUCCCUAUUGGACCCAUGCCAAGAAGAGGCGGGGCAUGGGGAGGAGCCUAACCACACCCACCACAGCACCAGCACAGACAGCUCAGCCAGCACUUCCUGGUUCUCCCCCACCCCCCACUGCCUCUCGGGACAGCACAUCACCUCCCUUUCCUACCCCAUGGAGGAGGCCCCGCCCUACGAGUCCGUGCUGAUGGACUCGGGUCAGCCCCUCCCUCUUAUGCCAUGUGACCUUUACAAACACCAAUCAGAGGCCAGAGGGGAGGGCGGGGACGCACAGCUAGCAGAGACAAGUCAAAUCCUGUAGUGACUUUGCUACAUGGACGAUACGUGAAGGAGGACUGGGAUAUAGCCAGCACUGCAGUUUCUGAAGCGUUCUGAAAUUAUUCUUAUUCUAGUCUGUUUUUACAGCCUCAACUUUGACUGUUCUUUUGUAUCCUGUCAUGAACUACUGCUACAAUAAGUCUUUGUCAUAUUGUACAAGAUAGCUUUCUAGAAGUACGAAAAUUAGGAUUAAAGGUCACAUAUUAUGCUAAUUCACCUUAUGUGAGCGAGUGGAAUAAUGUUUUUUCUCCAUCAAUCAUAUACCUGCAUGUUUGGGUAAUCCUGCAAAAUCAGUGUCUCUCAAAAUGCCCUGGUUCACCUUGGUGAUGUCAUUGGGUGGCUAACCAAGAAGUGAUACAUGUUUUAGUCCGAAACCCCUUCGCAAAAUCAAAGACUUCAUACACCUUCAGUGCCCAAAUUUGCCUUUACUCUUAUUUACACAGCUUAUUUCGGCCAGUAUUGCACCAACUACUGGAAAACGGUCAUUUUGUAUUCACAGAAAUAAUGACUGAAUUACUUUUACCAAUUUUUCAUUCCAUAUUGGUCAAACAUCAAUGCUAAUUUGCUUAAGAAUAGCUAAAUCAACAUUAAAAGGUGACCUUUAAAGACGAUAUGUUUUUCUAUGUAUUUAGAACUAAACCUGCAACUUAAUCAGACAUUUUAUGACCUAAAAUCUGUACGAGGCUGUGGGCGGGGAUAGGUGGCAGGAGAAAACAGAAUUUCACACUUCAAAUACACAAUACAGGAUUACUCAAAUAUGCAUGAAUCUCACAAUACAACUCCGAGUGAUCAACAUUAUAACUUACAAACUCACAAUAGUUGAUUUUACAUAAUAUGUCUCCUCUAAAGUUAAGCUAACAAGCACAGUGUUCUUCCCUGUGUCACUGCCCAUAGAACAUGACCCACAUGUUGGAGCCAUACUCCAUGUUUGAAUCCUCCUGUUCUGAAAACGUUUAGCGGGUUGCCUUGUUUGUGUGAUCCUUGCGGUCCUUAGUGCGGCGGUCUUAGGAGUAGUAAAGCAUAGAAUGAGACCGUUGUGACAUUGUAAACGUGGUCCAGUUACUAGUAAGAGGUUGGCUUUUCGACGUUUUUAAAAAAUGAUGUAAUGUACAGUUUGGUAUAGCACAGUAGCGUGGUCUACGGAACAUUUUUGUUAAUUAAACCAAUGUACCCACAUGUAGAGAUAUACUGUCACUUUCUCUCCAAUCGGGCUUUGUUAAUUAAGUUGGAGCUUAAAGGUGCACUAUGUAACUUUUCAAGUGGAUGGUAUGCCACCUAUUUGUCCCUGUGGAGAUGUUAUUGCUUUGGAUGUUACACAGUAUGAGAUUUAAUAUAUCUACUGACUGUAAAGCGCUUUGAGAGGCUUGAAGGUGGAAAAACACUAUAUCAAAAUGUGGCCGUGUAGUUAUUGGUCAAAAACACUUACGAACAACAUCAUUCUUACUGUGAGUGGGGUCGCCUCUCCGCAGAUCUUACCUGUAACUUGACAUUUUGCCUCACCUGCUUGCUUGUUUAUAUAACAAUAGAUAUGUUUAAUGCUAUACUAUGAAAAAAUCCAAGCAAAAGCAACAACAACUCCAUGGAGACUAUAGUAACUUUUGUAUAAUAUUCUGAGUUCAAAAUUACAAUCAGAACUUCCGAUCUAUAGUUAAACCAAAACGUGUCAUUGAAUGUAUUCCACAAACGACAACAACAGGUGGCGCUAGCUCCUAAACUCUGCGCGGAAGCUAAUAUAUCGAAAAGAUGUACAUGGAGAACACGACUGAAAAAUGGAUUCUAGUGUUUAACGCAGGACACAGCACACUCACAACUUCAAACUGUCCUACCACCCCAGAUGGCUUCAAAAGUGACGUGCAGUUUGUGGAGCAGCGUCAUGUAGCAGACAACCUCUUGACAUCCGAAGAGUCGAAUGCAACAACGAAGAAGUACUGUACAAAACAUAUGGAUGCUUUGUUUAGAAGAAUCAAUAGACCCAUCCAGUGUUUCUGUUCUAAAGAUGGUACGUUUUUAUUUGAGGAGUUAGCAUUAGCCACCAAACAUCACAGACGAUAAACACUCAAGACCAUUUUGAGUUGUUUUUUGGUUUUUUUAUUCUUUUUUUUUUUUGCAUAUUGAUUAAUGUUGAAAAUUGGCAUAGCAUAAAACUACACUGUCAGCUAGACCAAAUACUACGUAACUUUUCUGGGGCACAGUCUACCACCUGGUUGUUUCCAUGGAGAUGAUAUUGCGUUGCCUGGAAAGCUCCACAGUAUGGCAUUUAAUUGAUUUAUCCAGCUGUGUUAAUUAGCAAAUUCCUUGAAAAACAUACAUUAUUACUGUUACCAGGCUCGCCUCUCCAUAGAUCUAACUGUCACCUAUUGUGUUCAUGGUGAUAUAAAGUUAAUUCCAUAAUGUGGACACUUCAAAUCAAAGCUAUGGCGUCUCCAAGCAGGUGACGGACCCUCUGCACCAGAAAAGUCCCAGAGUGCAUCUUUAACUUUGGGAAAUGAAAUUAGCAGAUUGAUCUUAAAGAUACGUGCAUAAGCUUUUCUUUCUGUUUCCAAACAUCAAAAAUAUGUUUUAUUUUCUUGUAUUGCUAAAAUGAAUGAGAUAGAAAGUUGUUAGCAAACUGUGUGCGCCACUCAUCUAAACUAUAGACUGUGUGAAGAAGUGGACUAAGUGAGUGUGACGUCACCACAGCGUUCAGCUCCAGUCAAAUGAAGCUCAUCGAGGCUAGAGCAGUUAUAGGGAAUAGUGAAUUUGGAGCAGAGUCACAUAUUUGGAAUUCUGACCGUGAGUAUCAUAGCAGCCAAAGAGCCAAUCCAAAGCGAGGCUGUUGAAGGUAACAUCCCUUCCCACCCGCACUGCUGGUUUAGCAAGGAACAGGCACUUAGCAACGCUGUCAAUCAAACCUGUUGCUAACACUAGCUCCUCGGGGAAAGAAUGCGCCUGAUGCGUCUGUUUUUAAUGUCCAUUUCUUGGGUUACGGACACAAUAGCGAAAUAAAAACACCAGGAUGUAGAUGUAGUUGAUACGAACAUUUCAAGACUAAAAUGACGAGUGUGACAGCAGCAGUUACAAAAAGAGGGGUGACAAUUUUUCAGUGUAGAGUGAAUUGGAGCCAGAGUUGAUGGAGCCUGAAGUGCACUCAUGCUCACUUCCUGUUUGGAACAACUAGCACGUUACGUAUAUCCAUUUAUAUACACAGUCUAUGAUCUAAACACAUGGCCUUGAAGUCUAUCGCACCAAAACACACCAAAAUAUCGUUCCAACUUGCACCACGGAUGUACAAUGUGUUAUUAUUAUCACCACCAAACGCCAAAAUUAGUCAAACUGUUUAAUUAAUUUAAACAUUUAAUUAUAUUUUCGACACUUGUGUAUUCUAUGUAACAUCUUGUACAAAAACCACACCACACUGUCACAUUCUUAAGUGAUACCAGCAGUUUUCCCUUUAAAAGUGUAAAGUAAAUAAAUAAAUGUUUGUAUUUUGAAGGAAAGCCUUAGGGGUUUCCAUGGAAUCUAACACAUCCACCAUCGUUUACCGUCAACUCUACUCACGUCUCAUCGUGGCGGCCAUGUUUGUAGUUUUUGUAGUUUUUUCUCAAUCUCUCAGUGUGUCAUUGAAAUAUGUGCCUAACUGCCCUAAGACUGUUAGCUUGAUUGUUGUCGUAGCCAUAAUACUUUUGUUUUGGUAUUGUUGGUUGAUAAAUGUUUUAUUUUUGGUGGAGUUUGGCUUAUGGGUAGGGGAAGGCAAAGGUUUUAGUGCACAGUUAAAAUGAUUCAGGCUUGCUUAUAAUCUCAUCUGAAUUGACCCACCAUUUGAGAACAUCAGAUUGGGAUAACCAAAUUGAGAUAUAUUUCUGUUCUUUUUGAUAUAUUUUUGCAUUUUGUGAUCAUUUCUGAACACUUUUCCUUCGCCUUCCUCCAAACUCCACUGAUGUACGGGACUGUUUUAGGCUGACAACUGCAAUUCACAAACAACUUAUCUAAAUAAUUGUGUUUUUAUGUUUGGGUUUUUGUGUGAAAUGACACCAUCACCACUGACAUGUAAAGGAUUUCUGGAUGCUGUUUAAAGGUGCAGUGUACAGUUGGAUAUAGCUAUAUGUUUAAUGUUUACUUUAAUCAAACUCAUCUAUCAAGGAACUGACCAAUAGAGGCUUAAUAUCAAUUUAUCGGCACAGCAACCAAGUGUCACAUACAAAAGCAGAACAACAAAAGAGCAACAAAAGGUGUCAACUCUGAGCUAAACACAAAAUAUCAGACUAUUAAAGUACUUUAUGAAGAUGUGAGCCUGGUCACUGGUGAAUCUCCCUGAGUUCAGAUGAUCCUGAUUGAGAGGUGGAUUAGCCAAUCAGGGACAAGCAUGGUCCCUCCAUAGCAAAACAAAUAUGGCUGCUAAUGAGGGAAAAAAAAGGAAAAAAUAUAACACAGUGGACAGAAAAACAUCACAGAUUUCUGCUGAAUAAAUGAGCGAAGCAUUAAACUGUUAAUCCGAGGUGAGAAAUGUGAUUUUAUUUGUAAACGAUAGAUGACCAAUGAGCUUCUUUGUUUCACUGAAAUAAACAAAUCUGAUUGGACGAAUAUGUUUGGUUCUGGCUUGAGAUGCAAAGGAGGGAGUGGUGACCAGACUGAUAUAUAAAAAAUACAGAGAAAUAUACAUUAUACAGUGUUGAAAGCUUCACAUAUUUAAUCAUAGAACUGCCUACUAAGACUAAACAUACAUUAAAGUAAAUAAUGCCCCACUUUUUAUUGUUUUAUUUGUGUUCAGCUCUGUGUCAAGUGAAUCCUUUGUAAUCACUGCCAUUAUAAUUCAGCUGUUACACACUGCACCUUUAAAUACUUUGAUUAGAGUCGCUGUUGAUCGAAGUUUCCUCUAAUAAACACUUUGAUACUGUGAUAUUGUCCAAAUGUAAAAUAUAAAACUAUAUGUAAUUUAGACUUUAGACUCUAGACUGAAUUAGUAAUGUCUCAACCCAGAUUUAAAGGUAUAGCCUGUUUCAAUAGCUGAGUACAUACAAGUGUGAGGCCACUAGAGGGUGCUAUGGGGUCCUGGGGGAGACUCAAGUUUAAACCCAAGCAAACAUGGCAUAUAUACGCUCUAAAAAUAACACUAUGGAGUUGAUUUUUCUAUAUAUAAGGACAAGGACAAACUAAACAAGUGCAAGACUUUAUAACAUGAGCUAAUAAACUAUUACCAAACCAGGCUAAUCCAAAUCUUAAAGGCGCUGUACCAGAUUUUUAUCGUUUGCAAGGGUCCAGAGUUAUUCCCCACUUACUACAUGCAUUCUGAUUAUUCUAACUAUUCACCGCAACAACUAGGAUGCUAACACCACACUUCCUGAUUCUCGAACGCUUUAUAAUUAGACGCAGACAGCCCACAGCGUACAUAUUUUGACGUCAAGAGUUACUCACGCAAUAUAUCUGUACUGAGGAAAGCUGUUCAAAUACAUGGGAAAACAAUCAGGUACAAGCUCUUUAAUAAUAAUAAUUACAUAAUGAACAAGUACUUAAUUAAGAAUGAUUCAGCCAGAUUAACUACGUGUUAUAAUGUUGUUUCCUCAUCACAAACAAACCUGGAGUUUUGUUUUGUUUCAUUCUCACAUGUUUAACACAGAAACCCUGAAUAUUUAGACACUCUUCAACACUUUAAACACUCUGUUCCACCUUGUGAUGUCAUCAUGUGGUAAUACAGGAAGUGCUCCACUGUGUUUUUAAACUUCACACACCUUCACUCGAAUCAUUUGGAUGAUUUCAGCCCUGCAAUUCCCAAUCUCUACCCAACAAAAGCUAAAAGGUGGCUGUUAAUGUGAAAACUGCUACGUCAUGACAUCACAAGGUGGAACUGAGCAUUUUGAGCUUUGGAGACGUAGACAGACUAAUAAUAGAGUUACUCAAACAUGUGUGAAUGAAAGAAAACUCAACUCCAGGUAUGUUUUUGAGGAGAUAACAGCAUUAUAACAUGACUUAAAGCUCAAAAGAGUCAAUUUCGUAUAAUAAUAUAGGACUUUUAAUAAACUAUUUUACUAAACAACCAAUACUCCUCUGAUACUACCCCACAGAAAGCACAGUUGUAAAUGCGUACAACUUAAAUAUUAAAAUGUAGUAGGACAAUAGCAGACUUGACCGCUGUGUUUAGAAUAUAGAACAACAGUGAAAGUUGAAAUCCAUGUACCAGUGUUUGUAUUAGUGCCCAAAGUCCUUCAUAAUGCUUCAUAUUCAGAUCAUAUUUUGUGCGUUUGUCAUUGGACCAUGUGUGAGACCACCAUGUUGUUUUGCUGUCAGCACGUGUCAUGUACAUAGUAGAAAGAGUUAAGUUAUGGUCUUAGAGAUUGUGUUCUUAUGUGCAGGAGACGGGAAUAAAUCUCAAAUACAGUGAA